AUGAGUUUGUCAGUCAUUGGAAUCGAAUCAUUCAGUAAUUGCAACAAAUUAACACAAGCAGUUUUUUACGGAAAAAUUUCACUUUUCAACAGAAAUGUCUUUUUUGGAUGCAACUCUCUUUCUUUCUUAGUUUUUGCAGAUGACAUUGACAAGAUAUAUCCACAGUCAUUCUCCUCUUCACUCGAGAAACUCUCUUAUUGUGGUCAUAAACCAAUUGACAAUGCAACAUUUUAUUUCCGCGGCCAGACAAAAAUUUCAGUGACAAGAAACUACAGAUCGAACAAAAAUACUAUUGGAAAGCAUGAAAUCGCUUUUGAGAGAUGUCCAGUGAGUAAAUCAUUAUUGAUGUUAAGUCUGAAAGCUCAGAUUUGUAUUGUUAUCUUAUUGACAUCAGCAACAAUUUUCAUCAUUUACAAGUUAUUUUCUAAUGGACUUUCAGUUUUCUCUAAAAGAAAGAACUAUUCACAACUCGAUGAACCUCACAUCCAAGACUCUGCUUAA